AUGAAGCUCACCGCCUCAGUCCUCCCCAUGCUCCUCUCCGCCCCAGCGCUCAGCGCGCCCGUCUCCAUGGCCGCCGACGCCUCCUGGACGCUGGUGGCGGUGACGCGGACGUGCAACCCGGGCGACACGACGUGCUUCUGGCAGUUCAGCAUCGAGACGGGGGCUCCCGGGGCCACGCCGUGCCCGUACACGGUCAACGCGACGGCGUCGGCGCCCGCUUCGCAGGCCAACGGCGGGCCGACGGCGUGCGGCAACUUCACCGUCACCAGCGGCUGGAGCGGGCAGUUCGGCCCCGGCGAGGGCUUCACCACCUUCUCCGUCAUCGACAGGGCCGCCAAGCUGAUCGCCUACCCGGCCUACACGGACAAGGAGCUGGUCAAUGGCACGGCGGUCAGCCCGGACCGCAGCUACCCCGUGCAGACACUGCCCUCAUAG